AACGAGUUGGGCGAGGUGCGGAUCAUCGUCUGGAGGUCGAUGCUGGCGUCGGACAGCGGCGAGAUGGACAGAGCCCGUUUCCUGCUCAGCCGGGGCGUCAGUCUGGGACUGGAGAACCGAGACACUGUGGACACACAGAGAAGGAGAAACACGUGCAGCGUCGCUGACCUUCAUCUGACUGAGCCAACGAGCGUCCAGCCUCGCUCGCCCUCGUCGUAGUUUUCACGUCCACGUAAUUACAACCUGGUGUGUCACGUCUGCGAGCUGCCGGAUGAACGAAGACAAGGCGGAUAAAAAAGAAAAAGAUGGAGGGAGUGGAGCGAGAGAGGGCGGCCCCAUCACUCUGCAUCUUUGUCAGCCUCUGAAGCUCCGCGUCGUCCUCGCCUUCUUUUACUCUGGAGUGAGGCUGCUGUGGCUCCACACUGACUUCCUCCUGGGAUGGACCCAGAAACAUCAGAAGGAAGCGGCGAGAAAAUCCCACGACUGAAACUCAAAGCAGAGCAGAGGGAGAGAGGAUGUUCAAUAUCCUGUGGCUGAGCUGCUCCUCCUGCCCUCGACAACAACUAACAGAUGUGACAACUGUGGGAAAGAAGAGAAUGUCCCCUCAGAGUGCUGGAGGAGGAGGAGUCAGCUGAGGCCACGCCCUCGUUUCACCAACCUCCGCUGACCCUCAGCUGAAGUGAAGAUACAGUUGGCAGCGGUUUGUGGUCGCGGGUUAACGAGAGUCAGCAGAAUCUCCACAGUGGUCGACCGCAGUCAGUCAACGAUCAGUUCCUCCGGGUCCUUCUGAGUCCUUCCUGGUUUCUCCUGGUUCCUCUUGGUCCAGGUUCCUGCAGGUUCCUCCAGGUUCCUCCUGGUUUCUCCUGGUUUCUCCUGGUUUCUCCUGGUUUCUCCUGGUUCUGGUCUGCAGUAGUGGGUCUGCGCUGUGAGCUGUUGGACUGACGUAGACCAGAAUCAUGGCGUCCGGUAAGAACAAGAACCAGACGUCCCUGGUUCUUCAUAAGGUGAUCAUGGUGGGCAGUGGCGGCGUGGGAAAGUCCGCCCUCACGCUGCAGUUCAUGUACGACGAGUUCGUGGAAGACUACGAGCCGACCAAGGCCGACAGCUACAGGAAGAAGGUGGUGCUGGACGGGGAGGACGUCCAGAUCGACAUCCUGGACACGGCGGGACAGGAGGACUACGCUGCCAUCAGGGACAACUACUUCCGCAGUGGAGAAGGUUUCCUGCUGGUCUUCUCCAUCACAGAGCACGAGUCCUUCACCGCCACAUCCGAGUUCAGGGAGCAGAUCCUGCGGGUGAAGGAGGAGGAGGCGAUCCCUCUGCUCGUCGUGGGGAACAAGUCGGAUCUGGAGGAGCGGCGGCAGGUGUCCGCGGACGAGGCCACUGGGAAGGCCGGCGAGUGGGGCGUCCAGUACGUAGAGACGUCCGCUAAGACGAGAGCUAACGUCGACAAGGUGUUCUUCGACCUCAUGAGGGAGGUGCGCAAGAAGAAAAUGGCCGAGAGCAAAGACAAGAACGGACCCAGCGGCAAGAAGAAGAAGAAGCGCUGCUGCAUCCUGUGACCUGGAGCCACUGAGAGAAGAAGGUGGAGGAGGAGGUGGUUACCAUGACAACACGAGACGGAGACCAGUCUGACCUUUAGGCUUCAGCUGCGGGAGAGAACGGUGACCUCUGACCUCACUCGUAUGUUAUGUUCAAAUCUUUAAAAGGAACGUGAUGAUGAUGAUGACGUCAUCGUUUCACCACAGGUUGAUGUGAUCUCACCUGAGCUCGUAUCAGAUGACGACGACAAACAGGUGCAGCUGGUCUGACCUGCCCCGUCACACACACACACACACACACAGAUAUGAUUUAUCACCUAACGUUUUAUAAUCUAAUGUAAACAAACAUUAUGUGUUAACUCUUGUACAAAAAAAUGUACAUUCUAAAGAAAGUAAUGAAAAUAAAUAAGCAUGUAAAUCACAAUUUAAACGUUUUCACUAAAAUAGUAAAUAUAACGUAGCUCAUUCUCAGUUUAAUCUGUAAUCUAUGGAUCUAUUUUGAUGAAAAUCUCAGUUUUAAUAAAGACACACGCAGCUCCAUACAGUAAUGAAAUGUCAACAGUUUUGGUUUUGUAGUUCUUUAAAUAUAAUAUAUAUAUAGUUAUGUAUCAAAAAACUUUAUACGUGAUGUCUUAAUUUUAACGGUCAAAUAGGUUUUUUUGCAGCUCCAGGUUGACUUUAUUUGGGUGGAGAGGGGACAAAAAUGGCUCUUACUGUCAUAGACGUACAGUAUUUAAUGUGUCAGUCAUUUUCAAAGCUGAAGGGACACUAGGAGGCGCUAUCAUUUGAUGACAUACAGAGGGAAAAAAGUAAGUGUUAAAUUUCUGAAAGACACUGUUCACCAUCUGCAGAAAACUCAUGUUAAGAUAAAAACUUUAGUGCAGGUUUAUGGAGUUUAAAACAAAAUUAUCAAAGAAAAUGUCAAUAUUUUCAAUGAUGUGAUUUUAUUUUUGGUAAACUAUAAGCUCACUCAAGUUUAGGUCCCAUGCUUGUUUUUAACUGACUCCUUUUCUUUGUUUAGGUUUACUUUGACUGUGUGUGUGUCAGCUUUGCAGGCAGCUAAACCUCUUACAGUAAUACACCUGCUGCUGAGUGGACACCUCAGUGCUGCAGAGCCUGUUGCCCGGGGCGAUGGAGGAGAUGUUUCUCCUGCUCCUCUGAACCUUCACCUCGUCACGUCCUGAAGACGAGCAGAAGCAUCAGCAGAAACAACAUCAG